AUGGACGCCUCACCAUUCGCCAAGCUCUCACCCGAGCUGAGAAACAUCAUCUACGAGCUCUGUUGUCACCACGGCGAAAUCAGGAUCGACAAGGAGAGGGCCAACCCGCAAGCAGCAAUGACUCGAGUCUGCCAACAGAUCCGCAAGGAGAGCCUACUUCUGAGCUAUAGCAUCCCACAAGCUUACAUCAUACGCGUGCCCGUGACCGAGGACAUCAACGCGCCCUGCUUUGAAAGCAGCUGGUUUCGGGUCCGCGACAAGCAAUGUUUCGAGCAGAUCAGCAGCGUGAAAAUCCAGUGUCCGGAAACGGCGUUUCUACCCAGGUACCGCGACGCCUGGUAUAGAUUCUACCAGGGCCUGCUCGACGCUGGACUUGCGUUCGACCGGAUCGUGAUCGACAGUGACACCGCAGAGACUGCGUCCGUUCGUAAAUAUAUUCAGAACGGGACGAGGCGGCCGGCAAUGGGUCCGUAUGUUACGGCCAUGCUUGCGACUCGGGAUGGAUUGCGGGACCUCUUGCUCAGGGACAUCGAGGAUGUCUUUGCUGCAAGAACGGAAAGCGAGGGAGCAAUAGCAGCGAUACUGAAUGAGAGAGCGCUGGGGAACGGAGUCGUCAUGUAA